GCGGGAUAAACCCUUUAGAUAGUGGGCCACCGUCCAAAGUGUGACUGUUUUGAAGGUGUAUAUAAGUUGAGAGGAGGCUAAUGGGGGGAAGCCACAAGUCAGUUGCAGAGAAGUUUGCAGUAAGCUGCAGUCUACUUGUAUUUUCUCUCUCUUCCUAACCUCAUUCAGAAUUUCAGUUAUCAAUAUCCAUUUUCCCUCUCAUUUUGCCCCCUUUUCUUUUAUUUUUUAUAAUGGGCUUCCCUUCUUCUCCUCAUUUCUUCCUCACUUCUUUAAUCUUCCUCUACUUAACAACCUCUGCUAUUUCUUCUUCUCAAGCUAAUAGAAGAACAAAGUCGGAGUACAAGUACCCGUUUAUUAGACGGGCGAGCACAUUCUCAUCAUCAUCAACAACACCAUCGGAUGGAGGGAAAUCGUCAUCAUCAAGGAUCGGAGGAGGGUAUGACUACAUAAUAGUAGGGGGUGGGACGGCAGGGUGUCCCUUGGCAGCCACCCUAUCACAACAUUAUAAUGUACUAGUCUUAGAACGAGGAGGUGUUCCCUUUAACAACUUUAAUGUGAGUUUUAUGCAAAAUUUCCACAUAUCAUUGGCUGACACCUCACCAACCUCGGCUUCUCAAUGCUUCAUUUCUACCGAUGGUGUUUUUAACUCAAGGGCUAGAGUUUUAGGUGGUGGUACUUGCAUUAAUGCUGGCUUCUACACUAGAGCUAGCUCAAGGUAUGUAAAGAGGGUAGGAUGGGAUCCGAAGCUAGUGAAUGAAUCCUACCCUUGGGUUGAGAAACAAAUUGUGCAAAAGCCUAAUCUUGCACCUUGGCAAAAAGCAGUUAGGGAUGCCCUCUUAGAUGUCGGGGUCUCACCUUUCAAUGGAUUCACCUUUGAUCAUAAAUAUGGAACUAAGGUUGGUGGCACGAUUUUCGAGGAGAGUGGCCGGCGCCACACCGCAGCUGAGCUCUUGGCUUCGGCCAACCCCGAAAAUAUAGACGUCCUCAUCCAUGCAACCGUCCAGAAACUCACGUUUGACACUAGAGGAAAAAGGCCAAAGGCGGUAGGGGUGAUCUUCAAAGAUGAAAAUGGGAAACAACAUGAAGCAUUCAUAUCAAAAAGGAGAGGAAGUGAAAUAUUUGUGACAAGUGGGGCAAUUGGAAGUCCACAAUUACUUCUUCUAAGUGGUAUUGGACCCAAAGAAGAUCUCAAAAAAUUGAAAAUUCCACUAGUUCAUCACAACAAGUUUGUAGGAGAAGGCAUGCAAGAUAACCCAAUGAACACAAUUUUUGUUCCGGUGAAGAAUCAUGUAAAGCAGUCAUUGAUUCAAACAGUUGGGAUCACCAAGAAGGGAGUGUACAUUGAAGCUAGCAGCGGGUUCGGUCAGGGGAGUGAUAGCAUCCAGUGCCACCAUGGUCUUGCCUCUGCCGAGAUUGGUCAACUCCCUACAAUUCCUCCAAAGCAAAGAACAAAAGAAGCAAUUGAAGCCUACAAAGACACGAAGAAAGACUUACCCUUCGAAGCAUUCAAAGGCGGUUUCAUCCUAGAGAAGAUAGCCGUGCCCAAGUCCAAGGGACAACUUAAGCUCAUAGACAACAACGUCGAAAACAACCCGGCUGUCACCUUCAAUUACUUCAGCCACCCCCAGGACUUACAACGUUGUGUCGAGGGCAUUCGAAUAAUCGAAAGCUUAGUAAAAUCUUCACACUUCAUUAGCAAGACAGGGUUUGAUGUAGAAACCACAGAAAAGUUGCUUAACAUGAGUGUUAAGGCCAAUAUUAACCUAAUCCCUAAGCAAACCAAUGACACUAAGUCCUUAGAGCAGUUCUGCAAGGAUACUGUGAUUACCAUUUGGCAUUACCAUGGAGGGUGCCACGUUGGCAGGGUGGUGGCCCCCGACUAUCGAGUUCUCGGUGUUGAUAGGCUACGAGUUGUUGACGGCUCCACCUUUACAAUAUCCCCCGGAACCAAUCCUCAAGCCACUGUCAUGAUGUUGGGAAGGUACAUGGGAGUGAAGAUCUUAAGGGAACGAAUUGGAAAAGAAGCGAAUGUUGUAUAGGAAGUGAAGUGUAGACUGCGUAGUCGUCGGAUUGUUGUGUUUGUCGGAGUUGUGGACGUUCGUACAAGUAGAUUUAUAGGUGUGUGAUUUUGUUACUAGUAUAUUGUAAUUCUUGGCAAGUAUUUUUUAGUUUUUUGGGGUAAUUCUUGGCAAGCACUUAAAACGUGUAUAAAUCUAGGCUUGCAGAUAAGUAAUUAGGUAAUUAUAUUAUUUAUUAGAUAACAAUCAUAUGGUUAGGAUGAAACUACUACUACUACUAUAGUAUUAUUAUACUCCAUAUAUAUGUUCUAGUGAAUUGAAACUUGAAAGUGGCUCCUACCUUUCCUUUGUCAAAAUAGACAUUCUCUCUGUAAUUCCUCUGUUCUUAUUAGCACGUUAUUGUACGAGGCGAAAAUAAAAGCAUGCUACAAAUCGUUCAUUUGUUGAUGA